CCUAGGCAGGAGAAGGAGGUGGAGUCUGAAGGUGGGGAGGGAGAAAGAAAAAACAGGAGACAACAGAAACAGGGGGAGGACGACGGUCUGAGACGAAAAUAAUAAAAAAAAACAAGUAGACCUGUUACCGCAAAGAAAAAGAAAAACGAAGAUGACAAUGGCCUAUUUCGUGGAGAAUUUCUGGGGUGAAAAGAACAGUGGAUUUGAUGUACUUUACCAUAAUAUGAAACAUGGACAGAUUUCAACGAAAGAGCUGUCUGAUUUUAUUCGUGAAAGGGCUACAAUUGAAGAAGCAUAUGCAAGGUCAAUGACCAAGCUAGCCAGAUCAGCUAGCAAUUUCUCACAGUUAGGGACUUUUGCGCCAGUAUGGGAUGUAUUCAAGACCUCGACUGAAAAGCUAGCGAUGUGUCAUUUAGAGCUUGUUCGGAAACUUCAAGAAUUAAUUAAAGAAGUUCAGAAGUAUGGGGAAGAUCAAGUGAAAGCACAUAAAAAGACAAAAGAAGAAGUUGCAGGUACACUGGAAGCAGUGCAGAACAUUCAAAGCAUCUCUCAGGCCUUGCAGAAAUCCAAGGAAAACUACAAUGCCAAGAGCGUGGACCAGGAGAGGUUAAAAAAGGAGGGAGCAACACAGAGAGAAGUGGAUAAGGCUGGAGUAAAGGCCAAGAAAGCCACAGAGUCAUAUAAAUUGUAUGUGGAAAAAUAUGCCACAGCAAAAACAGAAUUUGAACAGAAGAUGGCUGAAACUGCGCAGAAAUUUCAGGAUAUUGAAGAAGCUCAUGUUGUUCACAUGAAGGAGAUGAUCCAGUCAUAUUCUCAGGCCAUUGAAGAAACACAUAUACAGAUUGGAGAGGUUCAGAAUGAAUUUGUAAACAACAUGGAGAACACUACAGUAGAAAGUCUGAUACAGAAGUUAGCCGAGACGAAAGGAACAGGAAAAGAACGACCUGGGCCGAUUGAAUUUGAAGAGUGCAACACUGCCAUUGCCACGGAAGGAGCAAAGCCACGGAAAAGAAAACCAUUUGGCAUACCGGGUCGCAGGAGAGAUAAGGAUACAGAUUCAACGGAGUCGACAGAAGCUGAAUCUGUUAAGACAUCCAAUGGAGCUCCCUCUGGCUACUAUGGGAGAAUAGAUUUACUGAAUGCUAAUGCCCCGCAAGUUGAUGAUGAAGGUUUCUGCAUCAGGCCAGAAGUGAACGAGAAUGAUGCCAAAGACAAUUUCUACUCGUCAAGCGAUUCUGAUGAUGAUGAGGAACCCAGGAAAUUCCGGGUUGAGAUUAAACCUGUUCAGCCCAACAAUGGAAAUCAUCAAGCAAUGUCUUCGAUAGAUGAACUGAAGGCUUCUGUAGGGAACAUUACAUUGUCACCAUCUGUGUCGAGGACUAGUCCGGCUCAGAUGAAAAGGAAUUCAUCCAGGCUGUCAGGACUCUAUACACAAUCGUCAGUAGAGUCACAGUAUCCACAUAUUUCUGGUGAUGAGUUGGUGAGGUUCAGGCUUCAGGCAUCACAAAAUGAGACUGGGAGCAGUAGCAGCAGGCAGGUCAAUAAUGAUCUGCUUUCCCUGGACCCACUCUUUGGUCCCCCCCUUGAAGCUGCUCCCUCUUCUGUGCCUUCCUCAGCAGCAGUACCUACUCUUUUCCAACCAAAUUUCCCUUCCUCUGUCCAAACUAAAGAGUCAGAUGUUUCUACCUCUGUUGCUACAGCUGAUCUGGUGUUGCACAAGGAGAAUGCCUCUCUUUCCAGUUCUUCCAGUGCUUCGCCCUGGAGUUUAGUAGAUGAAGCAUUCCUUGGACUCCAACCCAUGUCGUGCCCCAAGAGCCCUUCCCCAGAGCAUUCAGACUGCAUAUAUCCUAGUGCUUCCUCAGCCUUGAAACCUGCUCCAGAAAGCAUGGACAUACUUUCAUCUAUUUCUUGGUCUCAGAGUCAGUGGAUCUCUUUUAACGAUGAACUUGUCCCAUGCAGACGCUUAAAUGUCAAUCCAAAGGACUCCCAGAGACCGCAGGCUCAAGCUACCAGCAGCUCACCAGCCCCACCUGCCUUUGCCUCUUCUGUUAAGUUCUUUUCAGAUGACCCACUUGACCCUUUUAACAAUGUCACAUAUAGUGCAAAGCUGUUCAUUGAAGAAAACAUCAGUCUCUCUAAAAUUUCUCCAGCGCCAGUGGAUGAUAGCUUUACACCUGUUCUUAAUCCUUUGCAAAACGUACCUGUGCCACCCAGACCGACCACUCCUCUUGCCACUGGAACCAUAGUGCCUCCUCCUCGGCCCAGUUCAAGACCAAAGCUCUCUGCUGCAAAACUUGCCGGAAUUAAUGAAAUUGCAAGACCAUUCAGUCCACCAAAAAUCUCAAAUGCCAGUCCACCUCCCGCUGCCCCCUUGGCUCGUGCAGAGAGCUCCUCCUCACUGUCUUCCACUGCUUCUAUGAGUGCUGCUAAUACCCCCACUGUCGAGGAUGAUGUGUUCAUUGGGAAACUGCCUACUUUUGAAAAGCGCUGUGAAACACCAGCAGGAACAUCUCGUGGUCCCAGCCCAGUCAGCCUUGGGUCUCAGGAUUCGUUGCCCAUUGCCGUGGCGUUCACAGAGUCGGUGAAUGCCUACUUCAAAGGGGCCGAUCCCUCAAAGUGCAUUGUAAAAAUUACUGGAGAUAUAACAAUAUCCUUCCCCAGUGGCAUUAUCAAGAUUUUUACCAGCAACCCAUCUCCAGCUGUCCUGAGCUUUCGAUUAAAGAAUACUAUCAAACUUGAACAGAUUCUUCCUAACCAACAGCUUUUAUACAGUGAUCCCUCACAAAGUGAUUCCAGCACCAAGGACUUCUGGAUGAACAUGCAAGCUCUCACAGGCUACCUCAGGAAAGCAGCUGAGCAAAACCCGUCUGCCUCUUACUAUAAUGUGGACAUCUUGAAAUACCAGGUUUCUUCAAAUGGAAUCAAGUCUACUCCGCUGAAUUUGGCAGUGUACUGGAAGUGCUCUCCUGGCACAACAGAUGUCAGAGUGGAUUACAGAUACAACCCAGAGUCGAUGCUGAGUCCUGGCGUUUUGUCCAAUGUGCAAGUCUUGGUGCCAGUUGAUGGUGGAGUUACUAAUAUGCAGUCUAUUCCAACAGCAAUUUGGAGUGCAGAGCAGAACAAAGCCUUAUGGAAGAUACAAGAAAUCUCAGAGAAAUCUGAGAAUGAAGGUUCAGGGAGCCUCAGGGCAAAAUUUGAUCUUUCAGAAGGACCUACUAACCCUGCCACACUUGCAGUGCAAUUUUUAAGUGAAGGAAAUACUCUUUCUGGAGUAGAUCUGGAGCUUGUUGGGAGUGGCUAUAGGCUUUCCCUAACUAAAAAGAGAUUUGCUACAGGACGAUAUAUGGCAGACUGCUGAUGCUGCAGGAAUGCUUUGUUCCGAGAAGCACAACUGAAACUUUCCGUGCUAUUUUUGUUGUUUUAUCUUGUUUUGAGAAGGCGGCGGCUUCCAGUAAGAAAUCUGAAGGGUUUGGCAAUAACUUUUUUUUUUACAUUUUUGAAAAUAACUUUACAUUAAUUAAAAUGCACCUUUUUGGAAGAAACAAUAUUUUUACUACAUCAAAUUAGCACUGAUAUGAUUUUGAACACUUGAAAAAAAAAAGAAAACUUGGGCUGUCAGGACGUUUCGAAAUUCAAACCAAUUAAGUACACUUUUGAUUUAUUCAGGCUUUUAUAAAGUCAAAACAAUAGUAUUUGUUUCAUAUGUAUAGUUAACAGUAUGUGUAGUAGUGAUACUGUAUAUUGGAUGGCUAUAAAUUUAAAAACCCUGCACUAACUUUGCUGCCGAACGUUAAAGGGUUUUUUUCUAUGUAUACCCUGCUUUGCCUCCAAUAUAUAUUGACUUUAACCAUAUAACUAAACUAAAACAAUAGAAUGAAUAAUUACAGUUAGAAAAUAAUGGUAACCUGGCCUUGAUCUUCAAUGUUUCAGCUGCAUUAUAUUGACUUAUGUAGAAAGGCUCAAUUCCAAAUCUGUGGAUUUAAAAAAAGUCAAGGUAAGAGCAUGGUGUUAUUACUGAUAAAAUGUGCAAUGGUUCAAUAUAAGCUCUCAGAAUGGAUUUACAUUUUUGGAAUAUGUACAUUAAUGGUGACUAUAUUAGAGACUGUUAGAAAAUAUCCGGUCAUUUGUUUUUACUAAACAACAUGACUACAUCGGUGCCUCUUUUUUUAAUGUUUCUAUUCUGUGAAUCUUAAUGUGCCUAAUUUUCCUAGUUUUCGAAUACUAAUAUGACAUUUUUACUUCUAAUGCAGUAUAAGAGCACAACAUGACUUUUGUGCAUACCAAUUAUUUUAUACUCUAAUUUUUAUUUGGAUGCUGAAGGGAAAUGCAGGCUACUUGCUUGGAGUUUGAAAUUUCAGCAUGUUGAAGUCAUAGAUUUGUCCUUACAACAGCUAAUGUGGUCAGUGGUCUUUUGAAUUAUAAAUAUGUUUUGCAACUAUUUAGGCAGGUUUGGUUGUUUUUCACUUUCUGCCAAUGAUUUUCAUUAAUCAAACAAGGCUGAGCCAAAUAUCACUGGCCCUACUUAUAAUUUUGUUCCAUCAAAUUGAAGGUACUAUCUUAGAUCAUAUAAGAUGUAUCUCCAUUAAAGCAUUACAAAUACUUAUUGUGGGAAAGUAUAUAUUAUGAACAUCAAAUUAAUUCAUUUUUGUAUUUAAAUAGAAAACUAUUUGCUAAAAGUAACCCACAGGCAAAUUCCAGCUUUACUCUGUUGUAAUAUUUUUGUUACAAAAAGGGUAAUGCUUACUUUGAAAUUUUUCAAUUUUACAUUCAAUUAUUAAUCUAAUUGAUGUUUAAUUGUGUUUAUUUGUACACAGUUUAUUAAAUGAUGUAGCACAAUCCCAAAAAAUAAAUGUUUUGCAUUUAAGACGAGAUGAAUUGAAUGAAACCAAGCAAGAAGCAUUGACUGUAUAGAUUUUUGUGUGCACCACUGCUUGUUUGUCUGAUGUUGUCCAGAUGUAAAAUGAUUAAUAUGAAAUACCUCUAGAACGUAAUUGUAUUGCAAGUUGUAAAUUAUUUCAUUGGGGAAAAUCAAAACAUUUUUAGCACUGUUAACACACACAAAAUGAGCUCUGAAAGUAAUGAGAUGAUAUGUGUCGAUGCACAAAAUGAAAGAAUGGUCAACAGCUGUAUCCCCCACCUUACAUUUUGUAUUUUUUAAUUGUGAGGUUAGAAUGAAAGGCAAUAUUUUGUUUCAAACUGUGUAUGGUUUCAAGCCACUACAGGAAGAUGUUAUCGAUGUUGUUGUUGUAGUUACAGUAGUGGUGAACCGCAAGCACGAGAUGUAGGAAAAGCAUUAUAGCGUGUAAUAAAUUUGAAUGCUUGUGUCCUUCUUAAUGAAAUAACAGAUGGAAGGAUCUCACCCCCAUAUGAUGAAUACCUUUUCUGAUCCUAAGAAUAAUUUUUGUCACUUUUCAUUAACCAAUCCAAAGGCAGUCUGUCUUUAAGGACUGUUUUUCUUUUCAGUCAGCGGUAGCAGAUUAAGAAAUAGACCAGUUGUCUCCAGGUAUUUAUUUAUAUACUGUUUAAUUUAAUGUGAUUAGAACAUUUCUAUGCCAUCUACAGUGCUUCCAAACAUAGAUUGUCAACAGUGGUCUUUUUCAGGAAGUCAACCUGUAUAGACAACAAAUAGCUGUUGUGUUUUCUGUGUUUGAAGGCACUCUGUGGUUACUUCUUCUACCCAGAGACAACCAGAAGUAAAAAAAGGACAUCUUAAAACAAAUUGUGAAACGCUGAAGGCCCCCUAGUUACGGGCUUUGCAUUUUUAGAUAAUUGAACCAACUUUAUCAUUUGAAAGCCGUUGUUACUGACCUAUGAAGUCUGGAGCAGAGGAUGAUCUGUGAUGGCUUUCUCUAAUAAUUGAAGAAGGAUUUGUGCAUGAUGAUCUCCAUUUUGGAUGAUAAAGGUAUUUAUUUUGAUUGAAUAAAUAUAUUUUUUUUCAGUAAUUCCUAACAGGCAUGGAACCUAGUUGAAAUGGCCUUUGAAAUACUUAAGGGGACACACAAGAGGUGUUUCAAAAGACACUUUUCCACUGGCUGCUGUGUAAGAUUGUUUUACAUCUUUAUUAUUUUAUAAGAUUUAAAUGGUAGUGUGAGUGAACACAUGUCUUCAAAGGGAAAGCUUUUUUCUUCAACUGCCUGGUAUGCGGUCAAUGUAAAAUUGAGUCACAAAAAGCACACUCAGCUUUUGUUUUGGGUUUUAGCUGGAGUUAAUCUGUAGUUAUUGGAAGAAAAACCUAAUGACCUGUUUGUUGUAAAUAUGAGGUUUGGGAUUAAAGUCCAUUUAAAGCCACUUUAAACAAUAGGGAGCGAACUAAAUGAUUGUGCAGCUGUAGCAUCAUUGACGAGGGAUGACUUGGUAUCUGAAAAUGCAAAGUCCACUGGGAAGGCCGCAGCUCUACUAUGCACAGCGUUGAAGUAUAAGUCUACAGGAACUUUAUAUACUCUGUAUAUUUAGCGAGCUGGUUCUUGCUUCCUUAUACCAAGAUAUCCUUUCUAGCUGCCACUAAGACGUCAGUUAAAUUUUCCUUGGGAAUUGGAGCUUUUAUGAAAAAAACCUUUGGUUGUAUAUGGAAAAAACUAAUCAAAUGGUUUUCUAGUAGAUAAAAAUCUGUAUAUUUAAACAAUUUUUCAUGAAAUGUAAAUUUUACAAAAUCUUUGCCACUUGUCUUCACUUUAUAAUUCAAUGUGCCUGUAAUAAAUGUGUAAUAUAUAUACAUAUAUAUAAAUACUUCUCA